AAUCAAGGAUUCAAGAUCUCUUGCGAGAUGGCCAGCGCAGGAUCGAGUGCCAGCUGUACGCCCUCUGUUCCAGCUGGUGGACUGCCGGGCCCAAUAGCAUCCAUUUACCGCAGCGUUGUGGGCAACCUGCACCUGAGCCCCAAGGUCAUGCGGUUCGUCCUCAGCAAAGAAUGCCAGGACAAGCGCGACUAUGAGACCUACAGGCAGUACAUGGAUCGCCUGAGGACAGAAGCAGGACAAAAACCUUUUUCUAACAAAGAAUGGAAGCAAGCAUUUAGCUUUAAUGCAACAGCUUUUGAGACAGCAAAAAAUUCCGACGAGAAAGACGUCACUGCCAUACAUUGUCUGCUCGGAAAUAUGUACACAAAAGUUUCGAAAAUGUGCCGAAAGGAUCAUACUGAACUGCUUAAGAAAUUGGAUAUCGUCAAAGACUGGCGAAACACGACCUUUCAUAGCCUAAAAGACGUUCAAGACGACACAAACUUUAGCUAUCUGAAGGUAGCGUUGCUUGACCUGAUUAAUGAAGCCGGAAAAUUUUAUUUUCUUAUCCAGGAAGAGAUCGAUCGUGAGAAACGGGAGUUGGAGGAUGAAAUGGACAAGUUAGUGGCGAACAAGGAUUGUAUAUACUACUGGUGUUUGAGUCUGUUGAUGGGCGGCAAAGAAGCCGUAAAACUUCUCUGGAAGGACAGGCUAUCCAGUGAGGAGCUCCUGCUAUACAGCAACCCCAUAAAGGUCGAGCGCCGGGACGUGUUCCACGCACCAGUGAUGAAGAAGAGAGCAUGCGAUGAGGAAAAAGUUAUUCCUUUCAUCAAAAUUUUUGAGGCUCUGGAGGAGAUCAUAGUGGUGACGGGCGUCGCCGGUGCCGGAAAAACAACACUCGUCAAAAAUAUUGUACUACAAUUUUGCAAGCCGCCACAAGGGGUUGACGAUAACUUGAGUUCAUUUGACCAACUCAUCUUCUUCGAGUGCAGGGAUCGCACCAGUAAAGAACUGAGUGACGUCAUCAAACACCAUUUUAAUUAUCUGUGCAACAAACCAGGAGAUCAAUUGAACGUCCUUGAUGCCAUUUUACGCCUUCGCGUCUUAUUCAUCAUCGAUGGCUUCGACGAAGUCAACAUAAAUUCCAUGAAAGUCGUUAACGAAAUUUUCGAGAAAACGGGGCGCCGCAACUGUCGAGUGUUGAUCACUACUCGUCCUCAUACCAUGGAGGGGAAGCUGUCACCGCUCCUCAAGAAAUGCAAUGUCAGUUCCACUCAGUACGAGAUUCAACCGCUCAAGGAGCUUGCCGACCAACUUGCAUUCUUGGAGCGCUACGAAGCGGCCCUGAGCGGUGGCACUUCGACUGGGGAGAUAACAAGGAGCUUCGAGUCGAUGAAUAAAGAUGUCAGAAGUCAAUUCUUGGAACCCAUCAGCUUGGUUCAUUUCUGUGAGAUACAUAAGCAUUUCCCUGAGGAGAUAUCCUCGUGGCGGACGCCUGGGGACGUAGCCCCUUCUAAGCUGCGCCUAUACAGGAAGCUCAUCAGUGACAAACUAGCGGGCUGGAUUAAUAAGGACAUGGAAGUCCUCGUGGACGACAUGUUCGCUCUGGUCGGCGCCGAAGCGCUGGAGUUGCUCCGAGACAACGUCGUGACUUUCUCAGAGGCAGAGUUGCGUGCCAUAAAGCGGAAGUGUCAAAUUGAACUGAAGGGCGAUGACGAGGUCGAUCCUGCAGUUGUACUCUCAGUGGUGUUGAAGGAGCACAAACCUUUGUGUUUGAACAGUAGUUCAAGCUAUGAAUUUAAGCACAAGAGUGAGCAGGAAAUGUUUGCUGGUCAUUACAUCGUUCAGCGCAUAAUUGGAGGGAAUGCCAACCCCCUCUACAGCAUCCUAGGAGUCCCUAAGGAGGAAAUGGCUAG